AUGUCUGACUACCUAGAUGUUCACAAACAACAGCAUUUCUUCUCGGUCGAGAAGAAUCCCGAGGAAUUACCCUUCCUGAAUGCCAUGCUCACCGUCUUCAACCGUCUGGGUCACCUCGAUGUUGUCGAUCACGCGUAUAACUAUCCUCACCUCCACCUUGCUGCCUUCUACGGAUGGCAUGAUGUCAUUGAAGCCCUGCUCAACUGGGGCAGUAACCCUGAUGUUCAAAAUUCGGAGGGCUUCACAGCAUUGCAUGUUGCCUGCGCCUCUUUGGACGUAAAAUCGACAAAGAUAGUUCAGGCUCUGAUGGAAACGGGUGCUGAUCCGAACCUCAAGACCGAUGCUACAGAAUUUGCUCCAAUACAUCACCUCAUCGAGGCAUCUCGCAACGCGGCUGAGCCAUGGGACUGUAUUGGAAAAUUGGAGACACUUCUGAAAGGAGGAGCCGAUAUCAAUGCAAGUGAUAAACAUGACCGGACACCUAUUCAUCUCGCAUCUUGUAUCCCCUGGUGCAACAGCAUCUUUGAUCGUCUCUACAAAAGAGGGGCAAGACUCGACCUUCUCGAUAAUAUGGGGAAAUCCAUCUUGCAUUACGUAGCUCUGUACGGAGACCUGGAUCAUAUCACAUACCUACGCAAGCAUGGCCUUACAGAACCGGACCCAGAUGGCAAAGACUCCAGCAACCGAACCCCACUGGACUUGAUGUUAUGGAGGAGAAAUGCCAAACUGGAAAACCUCCGGAAAAACAUGAAACGACCCAAUGAUGAAGAAGUCAAAGCCUUUAAUUCUUUGAUCGAAGAAAUCAAGAUCCAUCGCUGGCAGGACGGCCGCAGUUGCUGGCGCGAAGGAGAGCAUGCAAACCAUUUGAAGCUGCGAAAGCAACGCAUCAAUCUCCCCAUCAGGCCGAAACCUACCCUGACCACGCCGCCGUCUAUUGAACAGGAGAUGCAUGUUAAAGAACAGUGGGCAGAUUAA